CCUUCUCUCUCUCUCUCUCUCUCCAUCUCCCUUUACUUCCUCCACUCUUUCUAUCGCCAUCACAAGUCCCUUCUCUCGAACUUAAAUAAACUGCUAGGCUCUUAUAUAAUCUUGAGCUCCAUAUCGUCGAUUUUUCAUUCCACCAAUGGUCUCCCUCAACGCCAAACGCAAGUCCCCCGAGGACGACGCGUCCCACGACAUCAGAACGCCCACCGGCAGCCCUCCCAGUAAAAAGCUUCGGAUCACGCGCAGUCAAAAACAGGCCCUUAUUGACAACCUCCAGCUAGAAAUCACCGAACGCGCCCGCAAACUUCGCGCACAAUACGCCCUCCAGACCAAUGAUCUCCGUGCUCGCGUCGAACGUCGCAUCAACCGCAUCCCUAUCGCCCUGCGCAACGCCAACAUGGGUGAGCUGUGGGAGAAACACCAAUCCGCUCUCCGGGCGCAACAGGGGGCCACCUCGCCCAAGAAAUUGCUCAGCCCGGGCAAAGCGCCGCGGAAUGUGGCUGCCAUGACCAGCCCUGGAAAACAAAGAGCCCUGACGGCCAGCCCAGGCGCCCGUCGAGUCCGCAAACAAAGUCACGAGGGAGGCAUCUACUCUGACAAGGAAAACGCCCCGGCAACGGGCGGAUCUCUCGACGUCCUGAAGAACCCCAAGCGGCGCGGCAAGCCCGGCGCUGCGGGCGGUGCCUCGCGUGUUGUCUCACAGGAGGUCCGCGGGACCGACUACCGGAUCUUGUCGCCCAAAUCCAACAACUCCAGGACCUAUCCGCAAUCCCCGCUCCGGGCGUCCCCCGAAAAGCCCCAAAAUGCAUCCUACCUCUCCCGACCCAUGUCGCCGCUGAAGCCCUCCAGCCCACUCAAGUCGACCUCAGCCAGCAUGUCCGGGCCAGCAAGCGGCGCCCGUGCUCGAGCAACCCGGGGCGUCCCAUCCACGACCAGCAGCCGCCCCCCUUCGCAGGCCGCACGACCCGGCAGUCGCGCCGGCGCCACCUCCAGAGCGAUGCGCUCGCCGCUAUCCCGACCAGCCACCCGACAGCUCGAGCGCCGCGGCAGUGUCUCAUCCACCUCAUCCACCGCCACCGUCGCCAAGCCAACCAAGACAGGCACAGGUGCCCGCAAAGCCACCGCAGCGCCCGCCGUGAACUCCCCCGCCAAGAAGACCACAGUAGCUCGAAAUCAGGGCGCCUUAGCCGCAACCAAGAAAAACGCCGCAUCGACGACCCGGAAAGCGACCACAUCGACCACGGCCGACGCACCGGCAACCAAGCAACGUGCCCUGCGGAAGCGGGCUUGAAAUCAUUUUAUCUGUGACUUUUGAUCACUUUUUGCAAAUCGGCGUACUCAGGUUUCUACAGAUUAGGGGAGGUGACUAGGACUGGCGUUUUUAUACAGUUGCAUUUGUCGUCUAAGCUAUCGGUGCAUGUUGAUUUUCUU